GUUCUGUUUCUUUUAGCUAACUGACUUUACCUAUUUAGAAGAUUAUUUUUUACUUUGUGUAGUUGUGCUGUGUUUUGUCAAAGCUUAACAGCUGAAUUGUUUGUCAAGUCAGUAAACUGGUCUCUUUUUUAAAUGCCAAAUAACGUUGCCGCAUAAUGAGAAAGGCGUCAACGGUUCAGAAGGUAGUUUUACCUGGUGCUAAGUCAACCAAAGCAGCAAGCAAGAAAAAGGAUGAGGACGAGGAUCCGGGCGAUGGAUGGGACGAGUGGGCCCAAGGGAAAGCUCUUAUUAAGCCCCCCGAUCAACUGGAGCUCUCUGAGGCUGAGCUGAAAGAGGAAAUCCCAAGGAUCCUGACUGCAAACAACCCACAUGCCCCCCAAAAUAUUGUGCGCUACAGCUUUAAGACCUGUGAAGUGGGUAGCUGCGGAUUCAAAAUCAAAGGUCCCGAGUGUCUCUCCACAACUGGCAAUGCGCAUGAGCCGUGUGACCUUGUUCUCGCCAAGCCGACUUCGCUGCGCUGUUUUGAUUCUGUUCUGUAG